CGCUCCCCAUCCUGUUUUAGACCUUUCCCCUUAUUUUCCCUUUCCAUUUUUCUUCUUUUCCCUUUCCAUUUACCUUUUUUUCCCCUUUGUUCCUUAAUCUUCUUUCCCCUUCUUUCCAUUUUUCUUUUCCUCUUUCUUCCCCUUUUCCCUUCUCAUCUUUCCUCGUCUACCACUCCAUUCUCACACCUUCCCUUCUCCCCGCCAGGUGGCACCACGGUGGACGACAGGACGGUGGUGCUCCUCAGGCCCUUAGCGGUGAUCCCCCACGGCCCGCACCUCACGCCCCUCCGCCUCCUCGCCCCACCCUUCCCCACGGAGCCCUUUCCUGCCCACCGCCGCCCCCACCACCACAGCCUCCAGGCGGGCAAUGGGUGCUGCCUCGACCGCUCCCAUUCUCUUCGCGGGACGGAAUCUACAAGGCCGAGGGUGGGGUGAGCCGCGCCGCCGUCAUCUAGAUGGAGCACGGGCCCAUGGUGUCCUCCGGCGUGGGUCACCGCACCCGCCGCCGCCUCUCCCGUGAUUCUCCCGAGCCUCUGCUGCCUCGGCGACGCCCCUUCGACAGCCCCUCCAGCAGGAGCAUGGACCUGGCGUCCAUCCGUGCCCGCCGCGCCCGCCUGGAGGCCCUGACGGCGUCCAUCAAACUCCCGCCCCUGGUUCCCUCCGACGUGCUGCCCACCUCGCCCCCCGGGGCCCGCAUGUCGCCGCUCUCCUACUCCAGGGUGUCCAUGAUGCCGGACUCGCCGCUGCGCCGCAUCACGUGGGACGACCGGCCGCUCACGGGCAUGACUUCCCCCGACCCGCGGCUGCCCCCCACGCUACCGCGCAUGGCCACGCCGCACCAGCCCCUGCCCAGCAUCGGCCACACGCGGGAGGCGCUGGGCUUCACGCCGGAGGAGGAGGAGGAGGAGGAGCACGGCGCGGGGCAGAACGGGGCGGAGAGGGACGGUGAGGCGGGAUAUUCGAACACCCGGGAGAUAACCCACGGUGACCACCCCCCAUACCCCGUCCUGCACGACCCCUUGGCGCCCCUGCCCGCCCCCACCAGGCCCUCUCCCUACCCCCCCGCCACCCCCUCUGCCCACCAUUCCUCCCCACAGCAACCCUCCUCCUCCUCCCCCCCUCCCCCUCUUCAACCUUCGACCCCAGCGCAAUCAUCUCCUCCGCCUCUUCCUACCUCAGAACAUUCCUCCCCUCCUUCCUCCCCUCUUCCUCCUCCUCGAGCCUCCACUCCCCUUCCUCCCCAGUAUCGUUCCCCUUAUACCCCUCCUCCUGCUCUUCGUUCAUCCCUUUCUCUUCGUUCUUACUCUCUUCAUCGACCCUCUGCCUCUCCCCCUCCCCAAUCUCCCUCCUCUCCUCCUCCUCUUCUUCCUCAAACUUUCUCCUCUCCUUCUCCUAAUUCUUCCCCUACUCCCCAGUCAUCUUCUCCUCCUCCUCCUCCUCCAUCUUCCCCUCCUCCCCAACUCUCUUCUCCUCCCCCAGCAUCUUCCCAACCCUCCUCCCCAGUACCCCAGUCUCCCCAACCUCCCCAAGUAACCUCCCCACAGCCCACAACACCCACGGAGGAAGCACCCCCCACAGACCCCUCCCCACCCCCCACAGACCCCUCCCCACCCCCUACAGACCCCUCCCCACCCACUGCAGAAGACUCCUCACCCACACAACCUUCCCCAACCGAAGUCCCGUCAGCUAGUCAACCGCCCUCCCCAUCUAAAGAGAUCUCCCCAUCUGAAGAAGUCUCCCAGCCUUCCUCCCCUUCUCCUGCCUCCCCAACUAACCUCCCCACACCCAUACAGUCACUCAAGCCAAACUCCCCACUUACGACUUCCUCCCCAAGGCCCACAAUACAGGCAUCCUCACGACCUAAUUCCUCCCCUGCCUCUCAGCGCUCCCCAGCCACUCAGCCUGCCCCCUCCUCUUCCUCAGCCCCCAAAUCCCCAUCCUCAGCCCCGCCCGCGUCUUCCUCGGCAGCCCCCCAAAAAGAAGAGGAAGAGGAGGUGGCAACUGCGUCCGAAUCUAUCUCUCUAAGUUCGUAUAGAAGACCCAAGUCCCACGACCCAUCGGAGCUCGGGACGCUGGUGGCCAAGAUGAGCAGCGCGGACGGCGCGACCCGGACGGCGGCGACGGUGCGGGUGCGGCAGCUGCUCUCCUCCUCCCGCGGGGCGCCCAUAGACGAGAUGCUGCGGCUGGGCGUCCUCACCCCCGCCUACAACAACCUCCACGACAACAACCCGGCAAUACAAUACGAGACGGUCUGGAUCAUCACAAACAUUGUCUCGGGCACGGCGGAGCAGACACAGGCGGUGGCAGACAAGGGGUUCAUCCCUGUCCUGGUCCAGCUGGUGGCGGCGGGGGAGCCGUGGGUGAAAGAGCAGGCGGCCUGGGCCCUCGGGAACAUGGCGGCGGACACCAGUCAGAUUAGGAACCAAAUCGUCGAAGCCGGAGCACUGCGACCCCUGGCGGACCUGACGAAGCCACAGGCGAAGGUAUCGUCGCUUCACAAGGUGGUCUGGGCGCUAUCCAACAUCUUCAAGCUCAAGGACCUGAAGGCGCCGGGGGAUGACCUUCUUUACGUCCUCGAGACCUUCCGAGAUCAUCUUUUGGUGCACAGGGACGAGGAGGUGGUGGCGGACACCUUGUGGACCCUCACCUACCUGACGGACGCGGGGGGCAGCGAGGCGAUUGAGCAGGUGGUGGAGGUGGGCCUGCUGCCGCUCCUCGUGUCGCACCUGUCCUCGCGUAGCAGACAGGUGGUGUACCCAGCGAUUAGGACCCUGGGCACCAUUGUCUCGGGCACGGAUUCACAGUCCUCCCUCCAUCACAUCCUGCAGACGGAGGCCGCGCUGGAUGCUGGGAUGCUGCCGCCCCUGCACGCCAUCCUGAGGGAGCCGCGGGAGGCGAGGCGGACGAAGGAGGCGACCUGGGCGCUCUCCAACAUCACGGCGGGCACGACGGAGCAGAUACAGAAGGUGGUGGACGAGGGCUUCCUCCACACACUCGUCCACCUGAUACGGGAGGGCGUGGUGGAGGUGUCGCGCGAGGCAGUGUGGGCCGUGAGUAACCUGGUGGCGGGCGGCGACAGCGAACAGGUGGCGGCGCUGGUCGAGGCUGGCGGUCCCGGGGCACUGCUGACAACGCUCCACCCUCAGGCCCCGCACCGACUGGACCUCAUCACCGUGGACACCCUGCUCACUGUUAUGGAGAAAACGGAGGGCGACGCGGCGGUGAAGGGCGUGGAGGAGGCGGGUGGCGUGGAGACCUUGAAGGGGAAACUCAAACACGAGGACGAGGAGGUGGUGGAGAGGGUGAGCGAGAUCCUCGAGACCUACUUCCCCGACGCUCUUUCCGGGGACGAGGACGAGGACGAGGACGAGGAGAAGGACGAAGAGAAGGAGGAGGAGGGCGAGGAGGAGGAGGAGGAGGUUGAGAAGAAGGCGAAGGAGGACGAUGUCGAGGAGGUGAUGUUGGAUUAGUGAACGACGAGGAUGAGGACGAAGAAGACGAAGAGAAGAAGGAGGAGGAGGGCGAGGAGGAGAAAAAGGAUGAGAAGAAGGCGGAGGAGGACGAUGUCGAGAAGGUGAUGUUGGAUUAGUGAACGACGAGGAUGAGGACGAAGAAGACGAAGAGAACGAAGAAAAAUAACUAAAGAGUUGAGAAAAACGAUAACAGGAAAAUAGAAGGAAGAGGAUGCGAUUAAAGAGGAGGAAGAGGAAGAUUAGAGGGAUGAAGAUGAGGAAGAAGACGAGAAAGGAAAGAACUAAGAAGAA